AACGCAGAAGCUGAGUUAUGAUAUUAGAUUAUCUAAAAAUAGUUUAAUUCCCCCACUCCCACUGAACAACGGUCCCCCCUCCCCCUUUCUUUUCAUCUCUUCCAUCAACCCGUGAUACCAUCCUCACCACCGUCACCACUAACAAAGUAUCCAACUGGCCCCCCUAUACCACCGCUUGGUUGCAACAAUGAAGCGCAAAACUGCCGCUGUAAUUGGCGCUGGUCCGGCCGGCCUCACAACGGCAAAAUCCCUCCUAGCGAGCGGGAUCCAGCCGACUGUAUUCGAGAGCCGUAAAGCUGUUGGCGGGCUCUGGUCUCCGGCCGCUGGGAGCGUGACGCUGAACCCGGGUAUGCGAACGAACUUGUCGAGGUAUAGUUGUGUGUUUCCGGAAUUGGCGUAUGAUCCGGGCAUCGCCAUGCUACCGACGGCGAGGGAGGUUGGAGAGUACUUGGAGGAGUUCCGGAGGAGGUAUAUUCCCGAUGAAUGUUUGAGGUUGGGGUGUGCUGUUGUCAAGACUGGGAGGGUGGAGGGGGGUGGGUGGAGUGUUGGUUGGAAGGAGGUGGAGGAGGAAGGAGGGGAGGAAGGGAAUGCAGAGUUCGAUUUCUUGGUGAUCUGCUCGGGCUUCUUUUCUAUGCCUUACGUGCCUCCAAUGCCGAUGGAGCGUUUCACAGGCUCGAUGUUGCAUUCCAUCGAGUAUUCAUGGCCGCAUGAUAAGCUUUCUGGUAAGAAGAAAAUUGUAGUGCUAGGUGGGUCCAUGAGCGGCGUUGAAGUUGCGGCCGAUAUCGCCUUGCGGGUAGCGUCUUUGUCGGAAGAGGAGCGUGCGGGGAUCGAAAUUGUGCAUCUGUUCUCACGACCUUUCUGGGUCAUCCCGAGGUUUCUGCCGAUCGCGCAUAAGGAGGACCCUUCAGCGCCUCGUUUUGUUCCCGACGACAUGCUCCUGUACGAUGUUAACGGUCCAAGGAAGAACCCGGUGGCAAUAGAUAAGACGCAGGAGGAGAAGAACAUCCUCAUAAAUACGUUCAUCUCCUCUCAAGUCGGCGGGAGACAGGAGGAUAUUCACCCAAACCUGCACAUAACAGACCACUACAUGCGUUACACACCAUGGGUCACGAUAUCAGACUCGUACUUGGAAUUUGUGCGUAGUGGCGCAAUAAAGCCAGUAGUUGGUCGCCUUGAGAGCGCGGACGGUAGCACACUGCACACCAGCACUGGCGAAAUCACGGACGUCGACACCAUCUUGCUUGGGACCGGUUUCUAUUCGAGUGCCUCCCUCCAGCGCUUCCUCCCAGCAGACUUCUACCGCGACCUCACCUCUAGCGACCCCGGUAUCGCUGAGGACCCAAACUUCCUACCAGUGCUCCUAUACAGGCAAGGCCUCCACCCAUCCUUCGGCAACACCGGUGGUUUCGUGGGGAUGUACAAAGGCCCGUUCUUCAGCAUCCUAGAACUUCAAGGUCGCUGGAUGGCAGGGUUACUCUCCGGCAAACUCCCUUGGCCGUCCACUCGGGAGAUGGAACUCGGCAUCUCGGAAUCCCGCGCAACCCGCAUAUCACGUAUCACGGCGCGCACACCCGAAGCACGUAUUCAGUGGAGCAUGGGGGAUUACCUGGGGUUGGUAGACGAGCUCCGCCGGACUAUCGGGCUGCCGCUCCUGCCGGAGACGAACGAGGUCUACCCAAACACCAUGAUUCCCGCUCACUUCUCCCCAGGUCAUGAAGAGGCGGAAAAGACACUUCGGCAAAUGACGGAGGUACUCACUGAGCGUAGCGGGAGUGAUGAAGCGAAAGGUGGGAUCCUAAGUAGAGCUAUAUUCAAAGCCCUUCACGGGAAAUGGAAACUUCGCAGGAAGAUUGUGUCCAAACAUCCGGGAUUCUCCUCGGGAACAUUCGAAGGCGUUGCAGAAUUCUUGCCAAGACCCCCUUCUUUCUCGUGUACUCCUCCCCCCACGGGCGACAGCGGCGCCAGCGACGAAGGGAACGAGCACGAAGAGCUCUCAACCUGCGUCAGCAUUACCAUAACCCCCUCCACCCCCCCGCCUCUCGUGCACUCCGGCGAAGUCCAAGAGUACCUUUACACUGAAACCGGAACCUUCACCACGACCCCCUCUCUGGCCAUGCCCACGCCUCUAACAAUCCAGGCACGCAGGUCCUACAUAUACCGCCACCAUCCAGUGCAGGACGCAAUUACUGUUUGGUUCGUCAAGCCGGAGGACAGCUCGUGUGUGGACUACUUCUUCCACCGCGUCGAGAUAUCCGGACGCGCAAAGGAUGGGAAGGGCGGCUGGGUUGGAGGCGGGAAGCACCUUUGUCGUGCGGAUUGGUACUGGCCCAGGUAUCGUUUCUGCUUUAACGAUGGUGGAGGUCGUGGGGGUCAGGCGGGGGAUGGAGGGCUGAAGAGGUUCGAGAUUGGGUAUGGGGUUAAGGGGCCUAAGAAGGAGUAUGAUAGCGAUGGGGUUUACGAAAGGAUUAAGGGGGUUGUCGGGAGCGGGAGUUGGGGCGGGUUGGGCGAGUGA